AUUCAGAUUAAAUUAAAAAAAUUAUGUUUUUUUAUUUUUAUUAACCUAGCUGAAGUUAGUUAGUAUUUGAUCAACUGAAAUGUUACUGAAUUAAAACUACAAACAAAUGUUAUUUGUUCCUGUGAUGUAAUAUUACACAUUUUAAAAUGACAAAUGACUAUUUUUGCAAACCAAAACAAAAACCCAACUUAGUGUUACAUAUUUGAACACAGUUUUUUAUUAUAUGUGCUUCUAAAAAGUUUACUUUUUAUCUUUUUAUAUUGAGAAAAACUAUUUCGCUUUGCCUUUCCUCCUUUAGGUUAGAGGAAGUUUGAAAAUAAUGGGAAGAGUUAAAAAAGGAAAGAGGGCCCAGAGGAAGGACUUAUGGGCAAUGGCUGGUGGAAUGGAAGCAUUGGUCCGAGGACUGAAGAGUGUUCACAUUACCAAAAGAGAUACAGGACAUUCUUCAUAUAUUUGGUCGGAACUCGCUAUAAUCCUUUUUGGUCAUGAUGAUAAGAAACACCGUCAUUGGCUGUGGGUUGUAUGGACCAACAAUCGAAAAGGAUUGAGGGAUUUGAUCAAUAAACGUCAAAAAUCAUUAGAGCAGAAGGAAGUUCAGGUAAUGGAGGAAAAUCAAAACGAGAGAGAUGUUGGAGGGGAAUGUUCUGAAGACUGUCUUUCAAAGGACUUGCCUCUGAGCAUGAUUCAGCAUAAGGUAUCAGAUGAGGACAUAGACAAGAAUGAGGCAGAAGACAAACAACAAAGGAUGUCUUCUCAGAGUGGACUUGAAGAUGACCAGUUAUCAGAUGAGGACAUAGACAAGAAUGAGGCAGAAGACAAACAACAAAGGAUGUCUUCUCAGAGUGGACUUGAAGAUGACCAGUUAUCAGAUGAGGACAUAGACAAGAAUGAGGCAGAAGACAAACAACAAAGGAUGUCUUCUCAGAGUGGACUUGAAGAUGACCAGUUAUCAGAUGAGGACAUAGACAAGAAUGAGGCAGAAACUGAAGAACAGAAUUUGCAAAGAGGAGCACAAGAUGUCAAUAAAAACACAGGCACCAAAACACAUUGGCGGAAGUUGCCAGUAGUAUCUAAAAGGUUCGGAAUAACAGUAAAUAGAAAGAAAUGGCAAAAGAUUGUUCCUUUGACGGGUUCAAACAAACUGAGGCAACCGUGGACCGACGUGUUGUACAAGAGUUUCCGAGAGAAAAAUCCCUGUUGUACGCUUGCCUUCAAGAGUCACCACAUAAAAACUCCCAACAGCAGGAAAAUUAAAAGUCCGUACUUAAACAUCUGUGCAGUUUGUACAUUCCCUUCCUGCAGGGCCAAAUUCUUCUUUAAAAUCCAAAAUCAGCCAGUGGGAGACACCCUUGUUAAAAUAUCUGUGCUGCAAAGAGGGAAAAUGGCACACAAAGCAAAUGAGACAAAAUUCCGACCAGCAGCAAACAGAAGAAGAGGCAGAAUUGCAAGAGCCCUGCAUAAAGGAGUGAGUCAAGUAUUUUACAGUAAACUUAAAAAAACACCUGUUGCUGAACUGAUUUCAGGAAACAUAAGCCGUAGUCUGAACAAAAAUGUUCUCAAAGUGAUACGUUCAGAAGUAAGAAGAGGUAAAAGAAUCCAUGAGGAUGUUUUCAUGGAGAUGUACCUCACACAAAUGAUCAUUAAGGAAUGUGACUCAAAUGAUCGCAGGAUGCCUGGGUACAUACAGCAUUUUCAAGUUGACCCAUUUGGAGUACAUAUGUAUUCUGAAACCGGAGUAAACAUAGUUGUGCAACACCUGAGAAAGAAGAAACCGCUGACCCUAUAUCUAGAUGCUACAGGUAAUGUUGCAUCCAAAGUUCCAGGUCAGACCAAAAGAGUGCUUUAUUACUGCCUCACUCUUCCUGGAGGUGGUCAGCAAGUACCUCCCCUCCCAGUCUGUGAAAUGCUGACAAAUGAACACUCCAUUCCACCAAUCACAUUCUGGCUAAUGCAGUUCCUCCGCAAACUGUCACAGUACACUAACAUAAAAGUACAUCAGGUAGAAACAGACUACAGCUGGGCCCUGCUCCAAAGUGUUCUCCUUUCUUUUAACAAAGAGAGCAUUGUCAGUUACUUGGACAGGGCUUUCGCUAUCUGUUCAAAGCUGAAGUCAUGGAAGGAAAUCAAAAUGUUGACAGUGCUACACAUUUGCUCUGCACACGUGCUGAAAGCUGUAGCUCAGUCAAUUGGGAGAAGGACUGCAGACAAGGGUUUGAAGGAAUUUGCAACAUUUGCAUUUGCGAGGUUGCAAAAUGCUACUUCAAUGACCACAGCACUACACAUCUUCCGCUCACUGUGCACUGUGUUGAUUGGAAAGCACAAUUCCAAUGCUGUCCUGAUCCAUCUGAAAGCCAUGAAGGACUUCAUAAAAGAAUGCAGGAUUCCCGACAUGGAAGAGGGGGACAAGUUAGGAGACAGUCCCUUAACUCAGGAGGAAGAUGAUGAAGAAAGAAGAAAUGCCCACACAAUUGUUGGCAGAUCUCCCUUCACAUAUGAGUUUAGGAAGGUCAUGGAGGAGGUACAGGAGAGCUUGAAAAAGAGGAGGUCGAAACCCCACAGGAUGAAAAUCCAUACUUUUGCCCUGGCAUUGUUGAUGUCCUUUUUGACAACUAUCUAGGGAUUUUUCCCCUUUGGAGUGGGCUGCUGUUGGGGAAUUUGAAAAGAUAUGCAACUGACACAGAGGAAGACACAUUUGGCCAAAGUAAAACAAGGGACACAAACUGCCAUGUGGAGAGAUGGUUUGGAAUAGUCAAACAUUCUAUUCUAAAAAAGCAGAGACGACUGAGGCCAGCGACAUUCAUCAGAAAGAUGUAUGGCUCUCUCCAGGGGAGGUACAGAGAACACAUAAUGGCACAUCACUUAUCUGAGCAGUUACUCCUCAAAACUUUGCUACCAAAAGACAUCAGUCAAUCUAAGGGAGGUUGGGCAAAGAGAGAUGGAGCAAAGCCUCGCACUUCCAGCUCCAAAUAUUACACCACUCCAGACAUUCUUCCAGUUCCAAAAAGAGCAAAGUUAACUCUGAACACUGGUGAAGAUAUUCAGAGCAGCACAGAUGUGGAGAACAGCAGCAACCCCACAAGUAAAGGGUCCAAGCCUGCAACAGAGGUUGAUGCCCUUUGGACAUGCAAACCAACUGAAGUUGUUGUGGCUGUUGUAAGACAUGCUGAAGAGAAGCAUAAUUUCACCCUGAGGCACAGAGAAUUUCAGAGUUUGAGACCUGACGAACUCAUCAUAGGCGAGGUAAUGGAAUGUUACAUUAGAGGCAUCCUCAACCUGAAGGAUAAUGCUGGCCGUCUAUAUCUCCUGGAUCACUACACCAUGGGUGUAAUCCUACACGGCACCCGAGAGCAGAUAGCCAGGCAAGAGCUAAAAAAGGUGACAUUUGAUCUCUAUGAUGGAGCCAUUGGAUUUGUCAAUAUAAGAAAUGUGCACUGGAAGUUUGUGUACCUCCAUGCCCUUUCAAACCACAUUUAUGUGGUUGAUCCUCUGCAAGGGUCAAAUGAAGUUGAGGACUCCAGAAAGGCUGCUUACAAAUUUGGAGAGUAUUUCAAGAUGCGCCGGAACAGACUGGGAAAAGAGGACUGGGUUAGCAUCAAAUGGCAGCCUGGAAAAAUAACCCACACCUUCCAGAAAGAUGCCACCAGUUGUGGAGCCUUUGUCAUGCAGAUGGCCAAGAUGACAGUGAAGGAAUUUCCCAAAAUUCCAAAGACGUUUCACAUCAAGUCAUCACAACAUCUACGAAGAGACAUGGCAGAAGAAAUUCUCAGAGGAUCAGUUUCAAAGGAUGACUUCUGUUCCUUCUGUGGAAUUGAGGACCUGCCCACAACUGCUGUUGAUGCUGUUUGGAUUCAGUGUGAAACUUGUGGGAGAUGGUUUCACACGCAGUGCCUCGGAAUGCCUGCUGCACGAAUACCCAAAAAGAAUACCCCGUGGUAUUGUGUUUUGUGUAUCCUCACAAACUAAAGAGGCUAGAGAUUGCCUACCCGGUUCCGACCCUGCCUGUCCCCGACCUGCCUGCUCUGCCUGAUCCCUGAUCCUGCCUGUACCUCCGUUGACCGCCUCGCCUGCUCCCUGACCCUCUGCCCGGCCCUGACUCACCUUCUGCCCGCUGUCCUCUGGUUCGUUUGCCUGCCCAUCAUCCGGCUGAUACUGUUCUGUUAUCCCUCUGCUCUGGUAUUAUUACAAAUAAAGUUCAUUACCAAUA